UUCAAUAAAAUGUAUACUUUUUUUUAUAAAUUUCAUCUUUAUUAUGAUUUUCAUCUACUGCUGCAAUUCAAAGCCCCUAGGGUUAUUUUUCCUUUUUCCAAGUUCUAUUAGGUUUGUGCAGCAUCCUUAUCCGCAGUUGGUAUCGCUUUUCCUUUGCAAACAUUUAAAUAUGUAUAAGCUAUUUGGAUUUGAACAGGAGGAUAUCUUUUUAUUUUUUAUUUAUUUAUUUAUUUUUAAACAGGAAGUUAGGAACUUUAGAGAAGAGGAACCUGGGAGGUCAGGAUAGUGGGGAGUGAUUUCCGGAGUGCACAGCAGCAGAGAAAGGCAGGAAGUGACAUCUUGUCCUGUUAUAAUCAGUGCAGACCGUCCUGUGCUUGGUGGAAUAAUAAGCGGAAUUCUUGCUAAAUACAAAGUGUUAAAAUGUUCCACACUGGUCUUCAUCAACACAUGAUGAUGAGUCACACAGAAGACAAGACAUAUUCAUGCCCUGAGUGUGAAAGAGUUUUUGCUUAUAAGUCACAGCUUGCAAUUCACCAGAGGACUCACACAGGAGAGAAGCCAUUUUCAUGCUCUGAAUGUGACAGAGGAUUUUCUAGUAAAACAUUGCUCAUUAGACACGAGGCAGGUCACAUAGGACUGAAACCAUUUUCAUGCUUUGAGUGUGACAAGUCUUUUGUAUAUAAAGAACACCUCAUUUGUCAUCUAAGAACUCACACAGGUGAGAAGCCAUUCAGAUGUUCAGAAUGUGACAAGUGCUUCUCGCAAAAGAUAAAUCUUAUUCGACACCAAAGAGUCCACACGGGGGAGAAGCCUUAUCCAUGUUCCGAAUGUGAAAUGAGUUUUAAAGCCAAAUCAAAUCUGAUGAGACACCAAAAGACUCAUACAGGUGAGAAACCAUACCUGUGUCUUGAGUGUGACAAAUUUUUUAGAAGCAAGCAAGAACUUUUAGACCACGAGAGGAUUCACACGGGACUAAGACCAUUUUCAUGUUCUGAAUGUGGCAAGUCUUUUACAACAAAUUCUGCACUCACAAAACAUUGUAUGACUCAUACAGGGGAAAAGCCAUUUAGAUGUUUAGAAUGUGACAAGUCCUUUACCACAAACUCUGCACUCACGAAACAUUGUAUGAUUCAUACAAGAGAGAAGCUUUUUAUUUGUCCACAAUGUAACGAGGGCUUCUCGCACAGAGCAAAUCUAAUAAAUCAGUUGGUUCAAGCAGGAGAAAAUUCAUAUUUGUGCUCCAAAUGCCAUAGAUAUUUUGUUACCGAAGUAAAGCUGAUCUCUCACCAGAAGUUUCAUACUGGAGAAGAGCCAUAUUUGUAUUAUGGCUAUGAGAAGUGAUCUGGAACCAUUCAAGAACGACUUACACACUAAAGAGAAAGAAGAUAAAUACUUUUCUAUCUUCAGACGAGUCCAGUACUUUAAAUGUCAUUCACAGUUCAAUAAUCUUCACUAUGGUAAAAGAAAUUGCUAACAUAUUUAGAAUCUGACUCUUCAAAGGGCAAAUUUGAAGUAGACAUGGAUUUGAAAUGACCGAUUAGCAAUUUUGUGCUGAUCACAUCACCUGAUUACAUGUCCAAAAAUCACGCAGACUUCCUAUGGCUAACUAUUCCACUACAAAAUUGUUAAUUGGGCAGGUUUAUUAAUCUCGUUCUGAUUGCUUUUAUUAUUAAAGCUGCUGUCUACCUGCACAUUCUACCUCUCCUCGCUUUGUGAGGCAUAAACAUGAAUGCAUGGCCAAGUUGGAUAUCGUAGUAGAGUAGACAUGUGCACAACGGAAACAUUUGUUUCAUUUAGGAUCCGUUUAUUACGUUUAAUCAUUUAGUUUAGUCAUAUUCAUUAUAUUAGAAUUAUUCCUUUUUGGAAUUUGUUUCAUAUAUUCGGAUUUGGUUAGUAUAAUCCAGUAAUUUUUUCAAAUUGAUUUGAAUUUCAGAAGAACACUAUAUUUGUUUUAUUCUAUACUAUACUGUUAUAAUCUAUUCAAUUUUGUUCUAUUCUUGUCAUCGUCUUAUUUUACUUUUAUACCUUACUGUAUUUAUUGCAAUAUGUUCCCAUUUUACAUUUUUCAUAUUUUCCAUA